GCUUGUCAGCCAGCCCUAUGACCCGUGUAGUGCUGACAGAGCUGUAUGAGGCUCAGUGGUGAAGGUGCCGCUCGGGGUUUAUCUUGGAAGCGAAGCUUUCUUCAGGUCGGGACGUCGCCACCAUGAGCACCAUGUUUGCAGACACUAUUCUGAUCGUCUUUAUCUCUGUCUGUACGGCGCUGCUAGCAGAAGGGAUCACCUGGGUCUUAGUGUAUCGAACCGAAAAGUACAAGAGGCUAAAGGCUGAGGUGGAAAAACAAAGCAAAAAGCUCGAAAAGAAAAAAGAAACCAUCACUGAAUCUGCGGGACGUCAGCAGAAGAAGAAAAUCGAAAGACAGGAAGAGAAGCUGAAGAACAACAACAGAGACCUGUCCAUGGUGCGCAUGAAGUCCAUGUUCGCUAUUGGCUUCUGCUUCACAGCUUUGAUGGGCAUGUUCAACUCCAUUUUUGACGGAAGGGUUGUGGCCAAACUGCCGUUUGUGCCGCUGUCCUACAUUCAAGGUCUGUCACACCGCAACCUGCUGGGUGAAGACUACACUGACUGCUCCUUCAUCUUCCUCUACAUCCUCUGCACCAUGUCCAUCAGACAGAACAUUCAGAAGAUGCUGGGACUUGCACCCUCCAGAGCUGCAACCAAACAGGCCGGGGGCUUCCUGGGACCCCCUCCCCAAACGGCAAAGUUUUCUUAAUCAGCAAGCCAGCACGGCGCCCCCAACACGCCAUCGAUGGAACUGUCUGCUGGAGCCAAUGUCUUACCUGUUGCAGCUACUAUGUUGUUUGAUUUCUUGUUGUUCGUUAUAUUUAACUUAAAAGUCGGUAAAAAAAAAUAGAAAAGAACUUGUUCUUUAAAUUCGGUUCACACUGUGUUCAUCAAGGACAGAUCUGAGAUUUUAACCAUUUAUUGGCACAGUAACAUCUGUACUCAUUUCAGUAUUAUUGGAUGUCAUCUCUAUUUUGAGUAACUUACAUAUUAAUAAAAAGUUUUAUGAAUAUA